AUGGGACCAGACCAUACCACUUACGGGUUAAUGUUGAGAGUUGUACGCACUGAUACUGUUCGAAAGCGGAAGGCCAUACCACCAGUUGGUUCACGCCCGCCGACUUGCCCGCCAGCUUCGCCGUCGGCGCUGAACCUUCUAGAAGCCGCCUGGGUGUCCUAUCGCUUCGGUCGCACGACGGCGCCACGCCGCCACCGGUCCAGCUUUGGUGACUUGCACGUCUGUCUUUUUCUAACCGUUGGCACGACGCCUUUUCCGCGUCGCCGUGCCCCCAACUUUGUAUGUGCGUCGCUACCACGUGUGCCGUGUGCGAUCGAAAGCGGCGUUUUUACCGUGUGCGUGCCUGAGCUAAAAGCUUGUCUUGGUAGCGGCCCAGCUGUAUACCUACAGAAUUACGUUGGUUGA